AUACGCUUGCUAUCUGGAAGUGAGAAAAACAUGUGACGUAGUUCUUAAUAUAUUCGAAUUUCUGUUGCUAUUUUAUGGUGAACACUUAUCAUUAGAAUAUAUAGGCAUCAUAACAUGAGCAUAAGCAUUGGCAGUUUGAUUCAGUGAAUCGGUUCAACCAGUUCAUUUAAAUGAACCGGUUAUAACGAACCGAACGGAGGCGAUUUUGUAGAAAUAUCUGGCAACCGCGGCUAAAAACCGAAACCAAACUGGACCGUAAAGGUUCGUAUAACGGGCUAGCGCUGGGCCCAGGGGUCAGCUUGCUGUAGGUAAUAAUUAACCCAGGCCAAAGACGGAUACGAGCUGGACUGCCCAGCUGAGUCACUCUGCACCAGAAACACAAGUGAGAAGAGACCACCAUGAGCUUCAGGCUGUUUGAGGAGAAACACCACGCUUCCCUCUACCAGCAGUACCGCUUAACUCCAGCAGAUGAGCUGAAGGAGCUUAUUCUGCAGUACCUGGACAAAAAGAAGGGACCUCCUUAUGAGCUGGCGGUGGACCUGGGGUGUGGAACAGGACAGAACACUCGUCUUCUGUCCCCUCACUUCCAGAAGAUGGUGGGCAUCGACGUCAGCGAGUGCCAGGUGGAGGAGGCCAGAGCUGUACCGGGGUUCACCAACAUCACCUACAGUGCCGGUCCAGCAGAGGUGCUGCCAUUCCCUGAUGACUCUGUGGAUUUGCUGACUGCAGCCUCUGCUGCCCACUGGUUUGAUGCCAAACGUUUCCUCAAGGAGGCUGCCCGUGUGCUGAAGCCUCGCGGAUGCAUGGCUCUCUUCGGCUACGCAGACAAUUUUAAACUGCACUAUGGUUCCUGUGGAGAUCGGCUCAGCAACAUCUAUGAGGAGCUGAAGAAGUUUCUCCUGCCGUACACUAGCAGUCAGGUGGCAGUGUCCAACAGUAAACUGCAGGAUUUAUAUGAAGCCAUACCCUUCCCUGAUAAAGAGAGGAUUGAAGUUAUUCCAGUGAAGGAGGAGGUGACUGUCAAGAACCUACUCGGUCUUUUGGAGACUUACUCCACCUACCAGGCCUACCACAGGGCAGAUCCCAAAGCCGCAGCUGCUCUAUUGGAGUCAACAAUGACAAGGUUUCUGGGGGAGAUGGGUGUCUCGUCCCCUGAAGCCAAGCUAGAGAUCAGACUGGAGUACUUCUGUGUGCUGGCAUGUAAACCACAAUAGCGAGGCAUUAAUUUUUAGUGGUCAUUGUUGUUUAUUGGGCAAUACCACUGAUUUCCACUCAGUAGACUGUGGUUCAGUGCCCCGCCCAGGUAGGGACACCUCAUUACACCAGUAAGAGUCCUUGGACAAGACUCCUAACGCUACAUUCGCAUUUGUAACACAGGUCAACCUUAAGUUGCUUUUACUAAAUGUAUAAAAUAAGCACAGUCCCAGUUUCUGAUUUCAUCUAAAGUACUGUAAACAUUUAAAGGUUAGUCCUCAGGCCAAGGAUUUCCUUGACCGUAGUUUCCAAAUCUUGCUUUUCUCCAUGCUUAGAACUUUUUAGUGGUCUACACUUACAAAAGGUUCUUCAAGGGUUUUUCAGUAAAGACAGUGGUUCUUUAUUGGGUUAUGGACACUCAGAGAACCAUUUGCAUGAUUAAACUUUUUGAAAAUGGUUCUACAGAGGACCAAAAAAGUUUGGCUAGCCUUAGUAAGAUGUUAGAAUGAGCCAUUUUUGCUACAUGGAACCACCGACAACACAAUGAAGAACCAGUUAACCAUGCAAAGAACCAUUUAAUCAUGCAGAUGGUUCUUUGAGUGUUCAUGGUUCUAUAAAGAACCAUUGUCUUCACUUUACAACACUCGAAGAACCAUCUUUUUUAAGAGUGUAUCCAUGAGAAUUGCUUUUUUGAGGCAGUACAAGUAUUUUUGCGCAUCAAAACACUACAUACCAUUAGAAUAAACAUAAAUACAGUAAAAAGUA